ACUUUUGAAUAUUUUUCGACUGGGUACAUACACCGAAUCACAUUUGAGGCGUCCAGUAUGCCGAGUAAAUCGUCGGACACCUCCCAACACAAACGGCAGCCCAGUGUCAAGAGACGGACCACAUCCAGACGUGUGGUCCGUUCAAAAUCAACUAAAGCCAGUGGAGCUGUCAACUUGAAUGGUCAGCUGAUCAUACAGGCUCUGCAAGAUUUGAACAGGCCGGCAAGCAUGGUGGAAGUGGUACGUCAAUUGGCAAUCAGAACUAAUGCAACAGUCCAUUUGGCGCACAGUCAAAGGUACACUGACAGAGGCGAUUAGGUUUGGCUUUGUGCAGCAGGUGCGUGGAAAAUACUGCAUUCUGCCCACAAAUGUGCCCAAUGCGGAGAAUGUGGCAGGGGGACUCACCUUAGCCAAAUCCACCGAUCGCUCAAAACGGAAGAAUCGCGAUGGCUGCGACUCUUUGCGACGCCAUUUGGUGCGAAGAGCAGCUUCGUGUCCUCUACAAAUAAAAAGAACUCGUUCUUCUUUUAAGCACGGAACACAAAAGAAAAGGAAAAUGAAUAACGAGUAAAAACUAAUUGGGGCCAGUGCGGGUUGUUAAUGCAGUCGAAGGAGCAGUGGACAAUAUUUAAAAGCUGAUUGGCACCUCUAGUUUGUUUAUGCGAUCCAAGGAGAUAACAGCAGAUUGGGAACACUGGUUUAUAAAAAAUUCGUAGUUUUGGGUUCCCGCCAGAUCCGUUAGUAAAAGAAACGUACGAUUAAUCUAAAUAAAAUUUUAUUUUAA